AUGUCAAUUUCAAAGAAGAAUGUCGCGUACUUUUACGAUCCCGAUGUGGGAAACUUUCACUAUGGGCCUGGCCACCCAAUGAAGCCUCACCGCAUUCGCAUGACGCAUAACCUGGUGAUGAGCUAUGAGCUGUACAAAAAGAUGUCGAUAUACCGCGCCGCACCCGCUACGUGCCAGGAGAUGACGCAGUUUCACUCGGACGACUACGUGGAGUUUUUGAACCGGGUAACGCCCGAGAACGCCUCGCAGUUCCAGCGCGAGCUCGGCAAGUACAACUUUGAGGAGGACUGCCCAGUGUUUGACGGCAUGUUCGACCUCUUCUCGCUGUCGGCCGGCAGCUCGAUGGAAGGCGCCGCCCGGUUGAACCGCGGCCUAUCUGAUAUAUGCAUCAACUGGUCUGGCGGUCUGCACCACGCGAAGAAGUGCGAGGCCUCGGGCUUCUGCUAUAUCAACGACAUUGUACUGGCCAUCCUCGAGCUCCUUCGCCACCACAAGCGCGUGCUGUACAUCGACAUUGAUGCCUUUUACACGACCGACCGCGUCAUGACGUGCUCUUUCCACAAGUAUGGCGAGUUCUUCCCUGGCACUGGCGACCUGCGCGAUAUCGGUGAGGCAAAGGGUAAGUACUACGCCGUCAACUUCCCGCUGCGCGAUGGCAUCGACGACGUCAGCUACCACUCGGUGUUCAAGCCCGUCGUCAAGCACAUCAUGGAGUGGUACCAGCCUGACGCUGUGGUGCUCCAGUGCGGCACGGACUCGCUGGCCGGCGACAAGCUGGGCUGCUUCAACCUUAGCAUCGACGGCCACGCCGAGUGCGUGCGCUUUGUGCGCGGCUUCAAUCUGCCUACGCUGGUGCUCGGCGGCGGCGGCUACACCAUCCGCAACGUCAGCCGCGUGUGGGCAUAUGAGACUGGCGUUCUGGUCGGCACGGAGAUGGACCGCAAGCUGCCGAUGAAUGACUACAUGGACUACUACGCGCCCGAGUACACGCUCAACGUGCCGGCAUACAACGUGGACAACGCCAACAGCCCCGAGUAUCUGGACCGCAUGCGCAGCCAGAUGCAGGACGUGCCCCGGGACGUGGACCGCGACACUGUUGAUGAGGACGCGUUGGAUCCCGACGAGCGCAUGCCGGAAACUGCCCGCGACCAGCUCGUGGUGCCGGACACUGAGAUGUACGAGGCCGAUUCGAUGGGCAUGCGCGACAACACUAGGGACAACACAAAGAUGUUGAGAUGGAGGAUGCGCAGCCAAAGUCAAGGCAAAGACAGAAUCAGAGCAAGCCGACGAUACGGCCCGGUUCCCGCAGCUGAGCCCAUGGACAUCGACACGGAUGACAUCAAGCCUGAGACUGUCUCAGAGCCCGUUGCCCUGGAACAACAGAGUGUGCCUGUUGUCGAAGAAGUCCCGGCCAGCCCCACGACAAAUCUUGCUAAUGCCGACACAACUGCAUUGGAUGCAGACAAGCCAAUCGAUUCUGUCAUUGUCGAAGAACUGGCGACAACCACUCUGGCUGCUGCGCCCCGCAAGCACGCCGCUAAGGUUUCUGGAGUUGCUGAAGCUGAAACUACUGCAGAUGCUAUGGACGUCGUUGAUACAAACGAACCUGAGCUUGUUGUUGAUGCCACUACUGAUGUUGCUGUUGUUGCUUCUGUCAGACAGCCCUGA